GGGCUCUGGCCGGCUUGUACCCACGCCCCCGCCCUGGCCUGGGCUGGCAAGGAAGACCUGUGGGCGGGCGUCAAAAGGGGGACCGGCCCUGUGACCCCUCACCGGGGCCGUGGGCCCGAGCCCCGGACUUCCCGAAGCCGGCGAUGACCGCCUGCGCCCGCCGAGCGGGUGGGCUUCCGGACCCCGAGCUCUGCGGCCCCGCGCGGUGGGCUCCGGCCCUGUCCCGCCUCCCCCGGGCGCUGCCCAGGCUCCCGCUCCUGCUGCUUCUGCUCCUCCUGCAGCCCUCCGCCCUCUCCGCUGUGUUCACGGUCGGGGUCCUGGGCCCCUGGGCUUGCGACCCCAUCUUCUCCAGGGCCCGCCCGGACCUGGCCGCCCGCCUGGCCGCCGCCCGCCUGAACCGCGACCCCAGUCUGGCCGGCGGCCCCCGCUUCGAGGUCGCGCUGCUGCCCGAGCCGUGCCGGACGCCGGGCUCGCUAGGGGCCGUGUCCUCCGCGCUGGCCCGCGUGUCGGGCCUCGUGGGUCCAGUGAACCCUGCAGCCUGCAGGCCAGCCGAGCUGCUCGCCGAGGAAGCGGGAAUCGCGCUGGUGCCCUGGGGCUGCCCUGGGACGCAGGCGGCGGGUACCACGGCCCCUGCAGUGACCCCGGCCGCGGACGCCCUCUACGCCCUGCUUCGCGCAUUCGGCUGGGCGCGCGUGGCCCUGGUCACCGCCCCCCAGGACCUGUGGGUGGAGGCGGGACUCUCAUUGUCCACGGCACUCAGGGCCCGGGGCCUGCCCGUCGUCUCCGUGACCUCCAUAGAGCCCUUGGACCUGUCUGGAGCCCGGGAGGCCCUGAGGAAGGUUCGGAACGGGCCCAGGGUCACAGCAGUGAUCAUGGUGAUGCACUCGGUGCUGCUCGGCGGCGAGGAGCAGCGCUACCUCCUGGAGGCCGCAGAGGAGCUGGGCCUGACCGACGGCUCCCUGGUCUUCCUGCCCUUCGACACGAUCCACUACGCCUUGUCCCCAGGUCGGGAGGCCUUAGCCGCACUCGCCAACAGCUCCCAGCUUCGCAGGGCCCAUGACGCCGUGCUCACCCUCACGCGCCACUGUCCUUCUGAAGGCAGCGUGCUGGACAGCCUGCACAAGGCCCAGCAGCGCCGCGAGCUGCCCUCUGACCUCAAUCUGCAGCAGGUCUCCCCACUCUUUGGCACCAUCUACGAUGCGGUCGUCUUGCUGGCAAGGGGCGUGGCAGACGCGCGGGCGGCCGCGGGGGGCAGAUGGGUGUCCGGAGCAGCUGUGGCCCGCCAUGUCUGGGAUGCGCAGGCCCCUGGCUUCUGCGGGGACCUAGGAGGAGACGAGGAACCCUCGUUCGUGCUGCUAGACACGGACGCAGCAGGGGACCAGCUUUUUGCCACAUACAUGCUGAAUCCUGCCCGGGGCUCCCUCCUCUCUGCGGGGACACCGAUGCAUUUCCCGCGUGGGGGACCAGCACCCGGGCCUGACCCUUCAUGCUGGUUCGAUCCAAACAACAUCUGCGAUGGAGGACUGGAGCCGGGCCUCGUCUUUCUUGGCUUCCUCCUGGUGGUUGGGAUGGGGCUGGCUGGUGCCUUGCUGGCCCAUUAUGUGAGGCACCAGCUACUUCACAUUCAGAUGGUCUCCGGCCCCAACAAGAUCAUCCUGACUGUGGACGACAUCACCUUUCUCCACCCACAUGGGGGUGCCUCUCGAAAGGUGGCCCAGGGGAGUCGAUCAAGUCUGGCUGCCCGCAGCACAUCAGACAUUCGCAGUGGCCCCAGCCAACCCUCAGACAGCCCCAACAUUGGUGUCUAUGAGGGAGACAGGGUUUGGCUGAAGAAAUUCCCAGGGGAGCAGCAUGUAGCUAUCCGACCGGCAACUAAGACAGCCUUCUCCAAGCUCCAGGAGCUCCGGCACGAGAACGUGGCCCUCUACCUGGGGCUCUUCCUGGCUCGGGGAGCGGAAGGCCCUGCCGCCCUCUGGGAGGGCAACCUGGCUGUGGUCUCAGAACACUGCACGCGGGGCUCCCUCCAGGACCUCCUCACUCAGAGAGAGAUAAAGUUGGACUGGAUGUUCAAGUCCUCCCUCCUGCUGGACCUUAUCAAGGGAAUAAGGUAUCUGCACCAUCGAGGUGUAGCUCAUGGGCGGCUGAAGUCACGGAACUGUAUAGUGGACGGCAGAUUCGUCCUCAAGAUCACUGACCAUGGCCACGGGAGACUGCUGGAAGCGCAGAAGGUGCUACCAGAGCCUCCCAAAGCAGAGGACUUGCUGUGGACAGCCCCCGAGCUGCUUAGAGACCCGGCCCUGGAGCGCAAGGGGACGCUGGCCGGCGACGUCUUUAGCCUGGGCAUCAUCAUGCAGGAAGUGGUAUGCCGAAGUGCCCCUUACGCCAUGUUGGAGCUGACUCCCGAGGAAGUGGUGCAGAGGGUACGGAGCCCCCCUCCUCUGUGUCGGCCCUUGGUGUCCAUGGACCAGGCACCCGUCGAGUGCAUUCACCUGAUGAAGCAGUGCUGGGCGGAGCAGCCGGAACUUCGGCCUUCCAUGGACCUCACCUUCGACCUGUUCAAGAACAUCAACAAGGGCCGGAAGACAAACAUCAUUGACUCCAUGCUUCGGAUGCUGGAGCAGUACUCCAGUAACCUGGAGGACUUGAUCCGGGAGCGAACAGAGGAGCUGGAGCUGGAAAAGCAGAAGACAGACCGGCUGCUGACACAGAUGUUGCCUCCGUCUGUGGCUGAGGCCUUGAAGACAGGGACACCAGUGGAGCCUGAGUACUUUGAGCAAGUGACACUGUACUUCAGUGACAUUGUGGGUUUCACCACCAUCUCUGCCAUGAGUGAGCCCAUUGAGGUGGUGGACCUGCUCAACGACCUCUACACGCUGUUCGAUGCCAUCAUUGGUUCCCACGAUGUCUACAAGGUGGAGACCAUAGGGGACGCCUAUAUGGUGGCCUCGGGGCUGCCUCAGCGGAAUGGGCAGCGGCACGCGGCAGAGAUCGCCAACAUGUCGCUGGACAUCCUCAGCGCCGUGGGCACCUUCCGCAUGCGCCAUAUGCCUGAGGUGCCCGUGCGCAUCCGCAUUGGCCUGCACUCGGGUCCAUGCGUGGCGGGCGUGGUGGGCCUCACCAUGCCGCGGUACUGCCUGUUUGGGGACACGGUCAACACCGCCUCGCGCAUGGAGUCCACCGGGCUGCCUUACCGCAUCCACGUGAACUUGAGCACUGUGGGGAUUCUCCGAGCUCUGGACUCGGGCUACCAGGUGGAGCUGCGAGGCCGCACGGAGCUGAAGGGCAAGGGCGCCGAGGACACUUUCUGGCUAGUAGGCAGACGCGGCUUCAACAAGCCCAUCCCCAAACCGCCUGACCUGCAACCGGGGGCCAGCAACCACGGCAUCAGCCUGCAGGAGAUCCCACCCGAGCGGCGACGGAAGCUGGAGAAGGCGCGGCCUGGCCAGUUCUCUUGAGAAGUAAGGCCCGGCCCCGAACAGGAUCUGGGCCCUGCUCCCUGUCCCCAUCUGCAGUGGACCCCAGACACUCCGCUUUGAGGAGGUGGGGUGAACUGUUCCUUGGCAGGGAUUUGUGGCACUGCGUUGCUGGGCUGUGUUCUCCGGGCUCUUGGGGACCUGGCACUGUGGAUACCAGGCCAUGUGCCAUGGUGUUUGGGUCCUGGCAGGGUGGCUGAAAUAAAGGCGUGCUGUCUUC